AGAACUGAAAAGAGGCAACGCCGUAGUUAGGGGUGGUACUGGUGCUAGCAUACCCUUAAUCGCAUCAUCCUCCACUUAUAAAUACAAAUCGCAUACGCAUUAUACUUUCUUUCUUCCGUUCGCACCGCUCGCGCUCUCUCUAUCUCUCUCCCAAGAAACUCACGCAAUCUCUGUCCCUGUGCUUUACCUACCUGACCCUUCCGUUUUCAAGUUUCAGCUCCGUGGGGUUUUCAUUUUCGAAUCCAAUCCGACUUGCUAGCAAGAAUUCGGGUUUUAUGCGGGCCUAGAGCUGAAGCCGUGAAUAUAGGUUAGCAUGGGAUUUGAUAACGAGUGCAUAGUGAACAUUCAAUCUCUUGCCGGAGAGUACUUCUGUCCUGUGUGUCGGCUGCUUGUAUUUCCAAAUGAGGCUUUGCAGUCACAAUGUACUCAUUUAUACUGCAAGCCAUGUUUGACAUACGUUGUGAGCACCACAAAGGCUUGCCCAUAUGAUGGUUACUUGGUCACUGAGGCAGAUUCCAAGCCUCUGACAGAGUCAAAUAAAACACUUGCUGAAACUAUUGGAAAAAUCACGGUUCACUGCCUUUACCAUAGGAGUGGAUGCACAUGGCAGGGAACUUUGUCUGAGUGCACAUCCCAUUGUUCUGGAUGUGCUUUUGGCAAUUCCCCCGUAGUUUGCAAUAGGUGUGGGAUCCAAAUAGUGCAUCGCCAAGUACAAGAACAUGCACAAAAUUGCCCUGGUGUGCAAGGUCAGGCACAACAGGUGACCACUACCCAGGAUCCUUCAACUACUAGUGUCGUUGCUUCUACUGAUCAGAACCAGAAUGCUGCUCCCGUUGCAGCAACUACUGCACAAGCUGCUGUUUCAACUACCACGCCUGGGCAGGUUUCUAGUCAGCAACCCAAUCUUACACCCCAAACACAAGCUUUAGUUCAAACUGCUGGGCAGCCAACGGCAGAGCAGUGGUAUCAGCAGCAACAGUAUCAACAAUACUACCAACAAUACCCUGGACAAGAUCCAUACCAACAGCAGUAUCAACAUUACUAUCCCUAUCAACAGUCCAUGGUUCCACAGUACCAGCAGGCCUAUAGUCAACCCCAACCUCAGUCACAAUCACAGCCCCAGGCCCAGCUUCAGCCUCAGCCCCAGCCACAGGCCCAACACCAAUCACAGCAGCCUCAACUCCAACAACAACCUCAGGCUCAAUCUCAACCACUUUCACAUAUUCAGGCUCCGGUUGUCCCACCAUCUCAGAAUCAGAUGCAAGUUCAGCAACAACCUCAGCAACUUCAACCUGCUGUGCAGCCACAUGGACAGACGAGUCAUGCUCCUGGUCAUUCCCUCCCUCAAUCUCAGACUCAGCCCUAUCCAUACCCACAAGUUCAGCUUCAUUCUGUCCAACCUCAACCUCAACAGCCUAUGCAAAUUCCUCCAUAUCAGCAGCCUCUUCCUCAAAUGCAACAUUCACAACCUCAAAUUCAGCAACCAAUUCAGAAGUAUCCUGUUCCUCAAUCUCAAGUUCACGCACAGCUGCAACCUAAUGCUCCAGUUCAACAUCCCUCUCAGCUCCCAAUGCCUCCUCCUCAUCCUGUGACACCGAAUGUCCAGCCUCAAGUGCAAAAUGCAGCAACACCUUCAGUGACGGGACAUCACUCUUAUCCGCAACCUCUGCCUCACCCAAAUAUGCAACCAGGAGUUCCUCAACAUCCUAUGCACGGGCAUCCUCAAAGUGGGCCCCAACCCCAUGCUCAACACCCUGUUCAGAUGCAAAAUCAGUUUCCUCCACAAAUUCCAACCAUGCGUCCUAAUCAAUCUCAUGCCAUGUUUCCUAAUCAGCAAUCAUCUGUUCAGGGCCAAACUACCCCUCCUUUGCAACAACAGCCUGUAUAUUCCCACAAUCAACAACCCGGACAAAUUAACCAACGUCCUACUCUGCAACCGGUUCAACAGAUACCUCAACAGCAAGCAUUUGCACAGCACCAAAUGCCUAUGCCAUCACAUUUACGGCCACCCGGUCCAGCACAUUCAUUUGCCAAACAUGUGUAUCCACAGCCACAGGGUAAUAUUGCACCAUCAAAUAACAUUCAGCAGAAUCAAUCUCAAAAUGCUGGAGGAAGGCCUUUAGUGCCUAACCAUGCGGGACAUCUACAGCCAUUUGCUCAAUCUUCCAAUACUAUUCCAGUUAGACAUGGGCAAAAUGGUGCUGGCUACUUGCUUGAAAAUCAGAAAUUGUUGGCUGGUACCAAUAAUCAAGUACAGUUGCCUUCUGAGUUGCAGUCUAGGGCACCAGAAACAAUUGAAAGACAUGGUGAUGUUGUUGAACAACAAAUUGACUCUGCCGCUGGUAAACUGGGUAAAAGUUUUAAAGAUUUGGACUCGGUGUCUGGAUCAACAAAUGAAUUGAAAUCUGAAAAAUUCGAAGCAAAUUUGAAACCAGCAGAGGUUGGGAACAUCCUAAAUAAUGAAGAUCCACACUCUAUUAAGACUUCAGUCCCAAAUGCCAAUGCAGUAGAAAAUGGUGAUUCUGUGAAUAAGAAUCUUGGGAUGGGGGCAGCUGCUGAAAGCACUUGGAAGCCUUCAGUUAGUACUAAAUCUGGUGGUGCAAUGCACGGGGUUCCAAAUGACACUAAUGAACAUUCUGUCCAAGGCAAUGAGUUUCAAGAAGGACAUCCACCAAAGACAGAGACAAAACUACCCGAGUCAGAAACUGAUAAAUUACAAAAUGAUGACAAUUCUGCAGCAUCUAACACUCAAAGCAAUGGUGGUUUUGCUCAGCUGUCUCACUCUGCCGCUUUCACAGACCAGAGUAAGCAUCAACAACCAAUGACUAAUUAUGGGCCUUCCGUCCAGCAGAGAUCUUCUGCAAUGUUAGGUUCGCAAUUGCCACACCCAACAAUUCCAAACCAGCCACUCUCUUCAUUGCACUCUUCAGCCCUUGUCAGGAAUCAUGGAUCUGCCCAUGAUCCCCACACAGGACAGCCCUUAGCAGAGAGUUUUCCACCAACCAUGUUUAAGCAACCACAAGAUUCUGACAUUACCCCUGGAAGGAGCUUUCAACCUCAGUCUCUUGGACCUCCGCAACCAUUUAACCAGGUCCAUGAGCCUCCUUUCCGUGCUGGAACUUCCAAUUUGUCUCGUCUUGGAGGGCCUCAAUUUGGUGCACCACUUCCUGGAGAUAUGCAUGGUCGAAUGGCAGCAAACAUACCACCACAUGGUCCUGAAGGUUUUGGUUUGCAUGAUGAUAGGUUCAAACCUUUCCUUGUUUCAAAUCAACAAAAUAUUGACAAAAGAGAGUAUGAUGACGAUCUUAAGAAAUUCUCUAGGCUGCCUUUGGAUGCUGAGUCAAUUUCUAAAUUUGGGAAUUACCCACUAAGUGCACAUGAAUCUGGAAAGAGAUCAGUUGGUAUUCAUGAUGAUGUCAUUAAGAAAUCAGGUUCUACGCUUCAUCCUGGUUAUCUUGGACCAGGUCCCGGAUAUGGGAGACAUCAUAUGGAUGGUAUGACUCCUAGAAGUCCUGUUGGUGAAUAUGCUGAGAUGUCUUCCCGGAGAUUGGGGGCACACUCUGGUAGUCUUGUUGGUAAGUCGGGAAUAGAUGAUUUUGAUGGCAGAGUUUCUCGUCAUUUUGGUGGUGAGUUCCGUGAUAGUCGUUUUCCUCAUUUGCCUAGCCAUUUGCGUAGAGAUGAAUUUGAUGGUUUUGGUAAUUUCCGAAUGGGUGAACAUCCAAGGAGUGGUGAUUUCAUUGGUCAAGAUGAGUUUGCUGGCCAUUUUCGAAGGGGUGAUCCUUUGGGUCCUCAUAAUUUCCCUAGACAUUUGCAGCUUGGGGAGCCUGUUGGUUUUGGUGCCCAUCCUGGUCAUAUGAGAGCAGUUGAACAUGGCAGUUUUCGUAGUUUUGAAUCUUUUGCUAAAGGCAACCGGUCAGGUCAUCCACAACUUGGUGAGCCUGGGUUCAGGAGCAGCUUUUCUCUUCCUGGAUUUCCUAAUGAUGCUGGAUUUUUAACAGGAGAUAUCAGGUCGUUUGAUAAUUUGAGGAGAAGGAAGACUUCCAUGGGGUGGUGCCGGAUAUGUAAAGUUGACUGUGAAACAGUAGAAGGUCUGGACUUGCAUUCACAAACAAAGGAGCACCAGAAGAUGGCUAUGGAUAUGGUUAAGACAAUCAAGCAAAAUGCGAAGAAACAGAAGUUGUAGGCUAUUCUUUGAAUACCCAGUGAACAACCCACAGUUGAUGACGGAAACAAGGCACACAAUACUGGUUUUGAGGGUCGUGGAAAUAAGCAUUGAGUAUUCGCAGUUUGCUGUACUUUGAUAUUCUACAAUGCAUCAAAAGAUGUUACUAUGGUUGCUGCCUUCAUGGUUAUGGGAAUGUUUUACAGAACUGGAGUACUGUGGCAAACCGCUUCUACCUAGUUAAAGAUUAUACCAUCUUUCUAUCACACAAUGUUGGGAGCGCUCAUUGAAGCGGUGAGAUAGACUUCUAGAUGGGCGAUUCUGGGCUUCAAUCUCUACCCUGUCAUUGUGUUAUUCUCAGGUUCGUGAUUUCAGAUCUUAAUAAUUUAUGUUAACACAUUCCUUCUUAACCCCAAAACAGCAUGCCCCUUAGGCUGACUGUUUUAAGGUAUCUAUUGAAUGAAUAAUAUCUCUUGUUAUUUUUUUUUUUCCUUCUCUGGUAAAAUAUUCCCUAGUUAUUUUAAUUUUCAUAAUGAUACAGAUUUUAUGAUCUAGGACGAACAACCCGUGUUAUUUUGCACAAACUUGAGAGGGUGAGUCUUGCUACAAUAGUGGCCCGGUGGGCACAUUAGGUGACUUGAACUCUAUUUAGGAGAAGCAAUAUCUCCAUCCCUACCCCCCAUAAAUAAGAGAGCUCUUCUUGGGUUGGCCUCUUAAUAAGAUGUCAUAUAAUUCUGUCAAUUUGCUGAUUACAGUAAUGAUAAUGCCUCCCUUUGCUGGUUGCAUAUACCUCCUCAAUAGAGACAGACUGCAGGAAAACCUAGUUGAUUGUAAUGGGAACAAAAAGGUUAAUCGGGAAUUAAAUACUUUGAAAAGAAGUUGAACGAUAGUAAUUAACGAAUAAGUUGAAGCUGUUAAGGAUUGUGACUUUAGAGAACUGCUGACGUCUAAAUGGGGUUGAAACAAUCGGUAAAAAACUCGGACGUUGUAGAAAUACACUAGUGGUUUCAAUGAGUUGCCUUUGGGAAAUAGUUGUAGAGAGAAAGUCAUGGUUUUCCUCACUUCUUUGAAGCUAACCCAUAUGUUGGAUUACAUAGUUUUUGACUUCAUUCAGCAAUAUAGUCAAGGUCAUUGAAAGUCAAGUAUUUUCUUUUUCUUUUACUUUGGGAGGCCAAUGAUCAAAUAAAAAUUUUAUGAAAAAAUGAGAAAAAUAUAAUUAUUGGGUAAUUAAUACAUUCUACCAGAACCAAAAUUAAUUCAUAAUCAUCAUGACAAUUCCAGAGUGUGUACUUUAAAUUAUCAUGAAGAAACAGUUACCUUAAUUUUCGUCUUUAUUAUUUUUUUUUUCGUAAUUAGGUCAUAAACUUCUCAGCAAUCUCCCCUCUUAUGUAAAUAUGUUUGUUGUGUGCAAGAUAAUUCGGCCUAUCUGUCAGGUUAGGUUAUAACAGAGUAGUGUUUUAGUGAGAUGACCAAUAAAAAGUUGAAGUUGUGAGUGUGUAUGCGUCUGAUGGUAGGUACAACGUAAAAAAAAAAAGAUAUCUCAAAUAAAAAGACUAGUCGUAAUCUUCAAAGUAAAAAAUAAAAUCAGAAGAUACGGAUAACCUAGUCGUAAGAGUAAGUGGAAGGCAGAUACAGUCAUGAGUUGCUAAGCAUGUUUGGGAAAUAUCUGUUCCUGGAAAUAUAAAUUAUUCAUAUAAAAAGCAUGUUUUGAAUCAUGUCAAGGAAGGGGUCUAAUCCUCUGUUGGCAAUCUAGUGCAGCCCUUGUCUUCAGCACUUGUCUGAAGCCCUCGCAGAUUUCCAUCUGCAGUUAUCUUGUCUGGUUCAAUAACUGGGCCGAUUUUUAAAGCAUUGAUAUAAUCCGUAUAAGAUUUAACAGAGAUCUACAAUAACACCUAGGUAAAGGGCCCAGUAGCCACGACAUGGUCUAGGCCGCCCGCCCAACAAUAUGACGAGGAGCUACCGUGGUUCCUUUGGUGUAUAAGUAAGCAUUGCAACCUUCAUCUCUUUGACUACUUUUGCCCUACUUUGGGAGUUAAGGUAGAGUAUAGAUGCGUCUAUUAGUAACUUUUUAUGGUGUGAAUUCUCUGUUGGACUAUACAACCACCAUUAUUGGUUGAUUUUUUUAUUAACUAUUUCUAUAUUUUGUACUUAGGAUACACAUUAUCUUGAAGAAUCCAGUAGUUGUCCUAAACCGGAAAAAAAGUUUAAUGCUCAAAGCAAACAUGUUUAUGUUGCAUCACAAAAAGAAAAAUAUGCUUGAAAUUCAUCUGGUGAUGCAGCUCUCGUGGUUGCGAGGUUGGAUGGAAAUAGGUAGUAAGAGUGAAAAUAUACGAGAAUAAAGCAAAAUUUAAUUGUGUUCAGUUGAGGAGAAAAUAAAAGAGACAGGGAGGUAGAUAAGAGAGAAAAUAGUUUAGCAAAUUUCACUAUUUUCUUAAAGUUAUUUCUCCUCUGUCUGUACCAUGAAAGCGAAAUAUUUAGGUAGUAAUGAUUUAUUUAAUUAAGGUUUUUAGAAAGAAAAUUAAAUAAGUGUUUUCUAUACUCUAAAAUUAAUGUAUAACUAAGUUAAAAAUGGAAUUUAGAAAGAAUAAAAGAGAGAUAAUUUAUUCUAAUUAAUUUUAACUUACGAAAAAAAAAUUAUGUUCUUUUUAUUUACUUUUUUCUUAAAAUUAUUAAUGAAAAAAUGGGAAAACAUACACUAUAUGUAGCCACCUCACAGACUUUGGAAAAGAAUAUGAGAGUAGAGAACAAAGAUUAUAAAUGAGAGAUGGUAGAGUUAGAAAUUUGAGGAAUUUUAAAUGUUUUUUAAAAAAAGAUGGGUGUAAUAGAGUUAGAGAAAAAGGGUCAGGAGUGCUACAAGUGGCAGCAGCUAAUGGGGUUUUAUGGUGAGCCUGUGACCAUUAUUAAGAAGCUUCAGGAGAAGGCAGCACA